UUUGUCGUCUGUGGUUGAAAUGAAAAAUUAAAUGAAAGUUGUACUUGGAAUGGAAUGGAAAUUGGAAUUCAAUUUUGAAUUGAAGUUGUAUUUUAAUUCAGAGUCAAAAUAUUAUAUUGAUCAGCUAAAAUAAAAUAGAAAAUACCUUUGGUAAUACUUUUACAGAAUAAUUGCCAUGGAGCCGUUACCAGGCCGUCGGUUUAUUGAUGGUUGUGUUGUGUUUAAUGGCUCGAAAUCAGUAUUUUAUUCCGGUCAGGUUCUGGAGGGUAAAUUGAACUUUGAAUUAACUUCACCACUGCAUAUUUUCGCUAUUGAUGCAGUUUACUUGGGCGCAGCUAAUGUAGAGUGGACUGAGGUGCAAGUUGAAACAUAUAAUCGUGUUAGGAGGAACAAGCAGUUGAAAUACAUUGGCAGGGAGGAGUACUUCAAAUAUACACAACGUCUUUCCCAAGGUCCAACAGUUUUAGAAGCUGGUUCACAUUCCAUACCGCUCUCAUAUCAAAUACCCUUCAAUUGUCCUUCUUCUUUUGAAGGUGAGAAGGGUCAGGUGAAAUAUUCUGUGACAGUGUACAUAAUACAUCACGAUGGAGUGACCACUGACAAAAUAGAGGCACCCUUUGACGUCAUAGACCCCAUGAAUUUAAACACUGGAAGUCCUGAUAUUAAGAAUCCUCUGGUGAUGGAGUUCGACCAGAUGGUGGGCUGCCAGCUGUUCUGCGUGUCCAAGCCGCUGGCGGUGAGCGUGCGGCUGCCGGCGCAGGGCGUGUGUCCCGGGCAGAGCGUGCCCGUCGCCGUCGCCGUGCGGAACAGCGCCAGCGUCGAGAUCACCAAGAUCCUCUUCCAGAUCACCACCAGGGAGAGGUUCCGCAGCCAGCAGCCGCAGUCGGAGUACGAGCCGCCGGAGGAGGUGCUGGCGGCGCUGCGGCGCGGGCCCGUGCUCGGCGGCGCCAGCGCGGAGUACGUGUUCCCGCUGGACGUGCCCGCCUUCCUCGCGCCCAACAUGGAGCACUGCACACUCAUCGACAUCGGGUACUUCUUCAAGGUAAAAAUAAAGCUGUCCGGUUGCAACGAAGAUAUGGAAGACGAAGCAGAGAUAUGCAUCGGCUUAGUGCCGCUCGGAGAAACUGACUUGAAAAACCACCCCAUGCCCGAGAAACUCCCCAUCGGCCCUCUGCCGGAUCCCAACAACCAACCCCCCUAUACACCCUCCAACACCAGAACGUUUACCCCGAGCCAGAGUUACCAGCACGAUGUACAAAUCUGCCCCCCCGGUCCCAUCCCGUACCCCGUAGUAGCUAACGUGGCCGAUGCACCGAUUUUCGGUUCGAAAAAUAGUCCCGCAGGCCCGUUCGAAAUCGGUUUUCGCGCGCCGGACGUCAGCGUGAAUCCCACUUUACCCCAUCCUGUUCCGGGAUACCCCUACCCUGGGUUACCCCAGGGGCAAGCGCCGCCUUACUCUGGAUUACCCCAGGGUCAGGCGCCGCCUUACUCCAGUUUACCCCAGGGGCAAGGGUCCUACCCUACAUCCCAGCCUUCCGCGCCUCCGCCAUAUUGAAGCAGGGUAUUAUGAACUUUGAUAUUGAUAUUUACAAUGUAUACACACAUAAUUUAAAAACUUUUGUUUUACAUUUUUGAAGUCGUGCAUUACGUCAGUAAACAAAAUGUAAGAACGUUAUCUAGUGACGUAAUACACUUUUUACCAAAACCGAUUAAACAAAAUAUGUUACUUAAAUUCGCGUAAUAUUCUCACUACGUAAAAAUGAUAACUAUGCUAAUUUUAAUAUUUUUGAUGUGUCUAUAUAUGAGAUAAUAUAUAACAGUUACAUGAAAAUUUACAGUAAAUAUACUCGUAUUAUGUUAGGACUUGUAGUCCAAUAAAACAAAGUGGAACUUGAUUAAUUCUGUAUUAGGUAUUAGAUCACAUGACAAUCUCUUACGGGCCGACAUUACAAAAGUAGACAUUACAGAAGAGUGGUUCAUAGAUUAAAGAGAGUGUUGCCAAAGUGAAAUAUUGUAUUGUUUCCUCAACAUAUUAGGUAUACUUAUUCGUUGCACAACACUAUAAUACUAAGUUUAUAGAACUUACUCGUAGUUAGGAAUAUAAUUACAAAUUGUGGUGCCAUUUUGAAUAACAGUGCCUUUCAUGUUAUACUAAAGUUAUUUAUAUACAAAAGUGAUAUGCAAUUUUUUAUUGCCGUUUCCAGUUGCUUAGUUCAUGGCAAUUCACUGGCAGGAUAUAUCAUUAUAGAUAAGUAUUUAUACACGGGUGCUCGAUUUUACCGCUAUUUUAUAUUUGACUUUUUUUUAUUAUAUAUUUUAGUAAAAGAUUCAAUUUAAUACAAUAAUUUUGUUAUCUGUUCCCGUAGCAUAAAUUUUCAAGUCCUUGUGGUCCACUUUAUUGACACUUAGGUACCAGCAAAUGUGACAGAUUAGUUUAGUGUUGAAAUUCGUAAAUAUUUAUGUACUUGAAAAUUUACACUAAGGGCAUUGAACUGAAUGCAUUUAUUUGAUACUUAAUAUUAAUUAUAUUGUUAUCUACUAACGAAAAUGUCUAUUUUUGUUUAUAAUAAAUGUAUCUAUUUGAACAAAA